GCAGCGGCGGAAGGGUUAAGCACCUGCGGGCGAGAGGCGCGCUCCUUGCUGGCUCCACCUUUCGGCCGAGCGAGAGGAGGGUCCGGCGGCGGCGGCGAGGCGCUUCUCCUCGGGCUCAGAAGCUGGUGCCAUCCCCAGCUGCCGCCGCCGCCGCCUGCGCUCCGCGUGGGGACCCCAAGACGCCUCUCUUUGUGCUCCUCCAACUCAGAGAAACUUCUCCCGGCUCCGAGGCGUCCAGCAUGUUCCAGUGGAAGAAAACCCUCUACAGAAGCGUCUUCCUCUCCUUCCUGCUGGUGGUGACGGUGACGGUCUUGCAGCGAGGAAUGGCACCCAGCCAGUUGCUCCAGGGCCAGCCGCAAAAAGAACUCGUGGCCCAGGAGUCCGUGAAAGCUCAAAAGCGGGACGGCGUGCUCCCCGUCGCCAGCGACUUCUGGAAGAAGCAGGGCCCGGCUCUCAAGGCCGCGGAAGCGACGGAGAAGGCGGUUCGGUCUUGGGACGUCACCUCCGUCAACUGCUCUGCCAACCAGAACUUCAGCAAGGAGGACUGGUUCAAAGGCCUGGAGCCCAACUUCCGGCAGUUCAUGCUGUACCGCCACUGCCGCUAUUUCCCCAUGCUGAUCAACCACGCGGAGAAGUGCCGCGGAGACAUCCACCUGCUGAUCGUGGUGAAGUCCAUCAUCACUCAGCACGACCGGCGAGAGGCCAUCCGCAGGACGUGGGGCCAGGAGAGAGAGAUGGAGGGCAGGAAGGUGCGAACCCUCUUCCUCCUGGGCGUGGCCUCCAAGGAAGAGGAGCGGGCCAAUUACCAGAAGCUCCUCGACUACGAGGACCGCAUCUACGGGGACAUCUUGCAGUGGGACUUCCUGGACAGCUUCUUCAACCUCACCCUCAAGGAAGUCCACUUCCUCAAAUGGUUCAGCAUCUACUGUGACCACGUGCGGUACAUCUUCAAGGGCGACGACGACGUCUACGUCAGCCCCAGCAACAUCCUGGAGUUCCUGCAGGACCAGAAGGCGGACAACCUGUUCGUGGGGGAUGUCCUCUUCAAGGCCCGGCCCAUUCGCAAGAAGGAGAACAAGUACUACAUCCCCAAUGCCUUGUACAACAAGAACACCUACCCGCCUUAUGCAGGUGGUGGUGGCUUCGUCAUGGAUGGCCCCCUGGCGAAGAAGCUCCACAGAGUCUCAGAGAGCCUGGAGCUCUACCCCAUCGAUGACGUCUUCUUGGGCAUGUGCUUGGAGGUCCUCAAGGUGACGCCCGUGGCCCACGCCGGCUUCAAGACGUUUGGCAUCGUGAAAAACAAGAAUAGCAAGAUGAACAAGGAGCCUUGCUUCUACCAGAGCAUGCUGGUGGUCCAUAAACUCCUCCCCUCAGAGCUGCUGGCCAUGUGGGAUCUGGUCCACAGUAACUUGACGUGCUCCAGAAAGCUCCAGAUCCUUUAGCUCUCCCUGUUAUCUCUGUCUGAGGGGGGAAACGCUUAAGGGGAAGACAUUGGUUGCUCAGAUCCGUGAGCCAACACCCAGCGCUGUCUUUUCCAAUGGUGUUGAAGGAGGAACCAUAUAUUUUUGGGAAGGGGGUGUUUGAAGGGGGACAAAGCUCUGAAAUGUUGAUUUUGGGGGGUAUUUUAUUCCCCUUUUGGUGGUUUUUUUUGGAUGCUGCGAAAGAGAGUUUGACAAAGAUGGGCUGCCCUGGAGGUUCUUCUACCAGCUUUCUUGCGGAGAUACCGGAAGGUUCUCCGUGGUGACCAGACCAAAGUAGGGCAAAGAUGCCCCUGUUGUUGCCGUUCGUUUUGCGGCAUACUUUUCAGCUGAGGGCUGGUCCCGAAGCUAAGACACAACUCUGUGUGUGCGUUUGUGUAUGUGCGAAAGAGCGGACCGUUCAAAAGAGAGCGGAACGAGUUUUUGAAACGACACUUGAAGUUUAAACUCUUCCUCUCCCUUCCUUGCUGUUUGUCAUGCAGAAUUUCAGAGAAAGAACGGUUUGGAAAUUGCUCUGCUUGGGGUGGGAGGUGAUGUUGCUAACAGGCCAGUGUGCAUCUCCUUCUGGCAUGGCUGGCUGCAGAAGUGCCUGUGCGUCUUUCUCACAGAAAUUCCUUUAUGAGGGAAAGACCAGCCCUCUCUAAGCUGUAUAACACUCGACUGCCAUCUUUGCCAACCUGGUGCCCCGAUGUGUUGGCACUAUAACUCCCAGCGGCACUGGCUGCGGCUGACAGAAAUUGUAGUCCAAAACACCAAUCGAAACAACACCAUCUAUAAACCGAGGCCAGUUUGGUUUUU